CCAAUUAACCUACCAGCAUGUCUUUGGAGUGUGGAAGGAAACCGGAGUACCUGGAGGAGAACAUGCAAACUCCACGCAGGAGGCGCCAUGGUUGGGAAUUGAACCUAUAACCAGGGUCGGACUGACAACUCAUGGGGCCCCCGGGCAAUAGGGGAUCAUGGGGCCCGUGUCCUUGCCCAAACUCAAAAAAGCCUAUGAAAAAGGUACCAGGGGCAUCUCAUGGGGUCCCCUACUGACCCCGGCCCUCAGGCAGUGCCCGAGUUUUCAAACGGUCAGUCCGUCCCUGCCUUUGACCCAUUUACUGCAAGGC